AUGGAUCCCAACCCAAAGCCAGACCCCCAAGAUCAUGGCAAACCUGCUGGUGAGGGUGGAGGCAACUCGAAAAGCUCAGACGAUGCACCAAUCAUCGACGAAGAUGCAACCUUUAGGAACGCUGCGUAUUUUGGCAACGAAGAAGGAAGCAAGGACAAGGAUGGUGGUAGUCAGAAGAACUUGUUCCGAUACACGCGACUCGUUGUUCAUAUUGUUGCCUACUUCCGACAUGCCUCCGUUUUGCCUCCGAUCUCUCCAUCCCUCAGGCCAAUCGACAUUACGGUGGUCAUUGCCACACGCGGUGAUGAGAUAGCCAACCUGGUCAGCGGGCUUGAAUCUCACGUCAAUGCUGGGUGCAGGCACAUAUCGAUCUGCGUGCCCUCCACCAGGCUUGGUCGCGUGCAAGCCGAGGCAGAUUUGUUUAUAUCAAAGCAAAAAGAUCUGAAAGUGUACGUCUCUCAUGUUGCCCAAGCCGGCAAGCGGGAGCAGCUCAAAUGGGCUAUAGACAGCAUUCCAGACUCCAGAAGGAAAGCUCACAAGGUCAUCGUCUUCGCGGAUGAUGACAUUACCUUCCCUCACAGCACCUACGGGUGGGUUCUAGCCCCUUUCGAGAACCCCCAAGUUGGAGGUGUUGGCACUUGCCAGAGAGCUAGCCGCAUCAAGGCCGGCACGAUCAUACAAAGGAUCAUAAAUUGGAUCUUUGCUGACUACAUCGAACGACGCGGCGUCGAAAACAUGGCCACUGUGGCGAUCGAAAAGUCGAUAUCUUGCCUCUCUGGCCGAUUGGCAGCGUUCCGGGCAGUGAUCGUGCAAGAUCGCCAGUUCCUCGACGGCUUAGUGUCAGAAACCUGGAAUGGCUUGAAGCUGAGGGCGGAUGACGAUAACUUUUGGACUCGAUGGCUUCUUGAGGGAGGCUGGGAAAUUGCAGUUCAAAAUGACGAGAGGUGUCGGGUCGAAACCACCUUUGGAACGACCGCAUCUGAGCUCCGAAGAUUUGUGAGGUGGCAAAGAAGUAAUCCAAGGAGCAAUGCAAAAUCGUUAAGGCGCAUCUCAAAUUGGAAGUAUCACCUAGCAAGAGCGUGGGACCUGCUGACGACGAGAAAUAGGAAAUUUCCUUGGGCAAUUUACGCGCUUUACCUAUCCGGUUUUGUGAACUACGGUCUGCCGAUGGACAUUGCGUUGUGGUCACUGUGUUGGAAGGCCACUGCCGACAGCCCAUCUCAGGACACUCUCAGGCUAGGCUUCGUUUCUUGGUGGCUCUUCAUCAAAACCGUCAAGAGAAUCCGCCUGUUUCGGAGAGAUGUGAGAGAUGUCCUGUUCCUGCCUGUUUGCAUCCUCUGGGGCUAUUGCCAUGACUUCAUCAAGCUAUAUGCGUUGAUGACUCGCUAUGAGUAUGGCUGGCAGAGAGUCUUCUAG